UCCGCCGGAAGAGACGGCCCUCUGGCUCCCAAGGUGCCGAAGGGCCGCUCCGUAAUUUGGAGGUCCCUCUGACUUCUUCCCCGCACGUCAUAAACGCCCGAGUUACCCGGCGGAGGGAAGGGCGAGCGGUGGCGGGAGAACGAUGGGCGUCGUUCUGAGACCGAGCUCGGCGACUCUCUCGGCGUGGAAAUGGCUGGGGCUGGUGACGGCCGUCUGGGUUCAGGCCGUCUCCGGCAACAACUACACCUUCUCCAACUACUCCGGUGCCAUCAAGUCGCUGCUCAACCUGAACCAGGUGGAGCUCAACAACCUCUCCGUCGCCAAGGACAUCGGCAAAGCCUUCGGCCUGCUCGCUGGCUUCGCUUCCGACUACCUGCCCACGUGGGCCAUUCUCCUCAUCGGCUCUCUUGAGGGCUUCGCCGGCUACGGCGCCCAGUGGCUCGUCGUCAGCCGCCGGAUCUCCCCUCUCCCUUACUGGCAGAUGUGUGUGGUGCUGUGCAUGGGCGGAAACAGCACGACCUGGAUGAACACGGCGGUGCUGGUGACGUGCAUCCGCAACUUCCGGCAGAGUCGCGGGCCGGUUUCCGGGCUGCUGAAGGGAUACGUAGGUCUCAGUACCGCCAUCUUCACGGACCUGGCCUCCGCCCUCUUCGACAGCAACCCCUCUUACUUCCUGCUCAUGCUCACGGUCCUUCCUGGCCUCGUCUGCGUCACCGCCAUGGUCUUCCUCCGGGAGCUUCCCGCGGAGGACGCUGCAAGAGACCCACCCGAGAAAGAGUUGCGAUGCUUCUCCGUCCUCAACUUCCUGGCGGUUGUUAUCGCCCUGUACCUGCUGGUCAACGAUCUCACAGGCGCCCACGGCGUGCUGUUCUCCAGGGUUUUCUCCGCCGGACUGGUGGUGCUCCUGGCGACUCCGCUCGUCAUUCCGGCGUACAUGGUAGUCGGGCCUGGAGGGAGGAAGGGAGCAACGGCGGCCGAUGGAAAUGACGUCGAGUCGGUGAGGCAACCAUUGGUGGCGGCAGAGCAGGAAAGGAAGGUGGAAGAAGAAGAAGGGGAGGGAGAGAAGCAGGUGGAGCACGUUCGGGGAACGGUUGUUAUCGGGGAGGAACACACGAUCGGGGAGGCAGUUCGCACGUGGGAGUUCUGGAUCCUGUUCGGGUCGUUCUUGUGCGGUGUGGGAACUGGUCUGGCGGUGAUGAACAACUUGGGGCAGAUCGGGACUGCUCUCGGGUACGCGGACGUAUCCAUGUUCGUCUCUCUCACCAGCAUCUUCGGUUUCUUUGGCCGGAUUUUGUCGGGUUCGCUGUCGGAGCACUUUAUCCGGAAAUCGGCAACACCAAGACCAAUGUGGAAUGCUGCUUCCCAGAUUGUAAUGGCUGCAGGGUACAUAAUCAUGGCCAUGGCGUUGCCUGGAUCCCUCUAUAUUGGAUCGAUCGUGGUGGGAAUGUGCUAUGGUGUUAGGAUUGCCGUCUCAGUUCCUACGGCUUCUGAGCUCUUUGGCCUCAGAUAUUAUGGUCUCAUCUACAACAUUCUGAUAUUGAACCUCCCUCUUGGUUCCUUCUUGUUCUCCGGCCUUCUAGCCGGAAUUCUGUAUGAUAGGGAGGCAACCUCAGGGGCUGGAGGCUUCAACACCUGUGUCGGAGCGCAUUGCUACCGGCUUGUGUUCUUGAUCAUGGCUGUUGCCUGCGUCAUUGGCUUUGGAUUAGAUCUUUUGCUCUCUUUCAGGAUGAAGGAUGUUUACCUAAAGAUUCAAGCAACCAAGAAAGCCAGGGCAGAAAAGGAGAGUGCUUUCUCUGCUAGAAACUGAGCAGUCACCUCUCCUGGUUAUGAUCCUUUAUAUCAUGGUCUGCAUCAUGCUGUUAUACCCUUUUCCCUGUUACUUUCCCCCCUUGAGAAUGUCACUAUCAGAUCAUUGUCUGCUUUAUGGUUCAUUCUUACCAAGAAAGUGCGGUUCUUCCAAAUAAUGGGCAGCUGAGAAAGGAGCCUCAUCCCUCCUAAGAGUGAUGAUCAGAAUGCCAGAAGGUACUGUUUGUUGUUGUUGUUCGGAUUGCUAUAUGCUCUGCUUGAGGUGUCGAACAGCAGAAUGUUGAGAUUUGUAGCCUAAAUUCAUAAAAAGCCAUGAUAGUUCUCGAGCUUCUGGAACUGACCACCUCGAAGAUCUCAUUGAAGGAUGAAGGCCAAUACAUACGGCCAGUGGUCAGAUAAGAAGCCCAGAUGUACUUGGAUCAUAAGUAAGGUAAGGAGGAUUCAGCUCAUGUAUCAUUUCUUGCGUGGCAUGCCUAUGGCUACCAUUUGGUAAUGGGUUGUUUCUUACAUUGAGUGCUUGCUUGAUCACAAAAUAAUGUGUCGUAGUCCAAUAAAAGGAGAUGUACAACCAUUGCAUCAAGCAGACCUUGCAUAUAUCAAUUGAUUAAGUAGCCCCUUUCUCCCA